CCAGCUCCUCAAGUGUCCACUGCAGUGGUGGAGCCCUACAACUCCAUUCUUACCACCCACACCACUCUCGAGCACUCCGACUGUGCCUUCAUGGUAGACAAUGAGGCCAUCUACGAUAUCUGCCGUAGAAACCUCGACAUCGAGCGUCCCACCUACACGAACCUCAACAGGCUGAUCGGGCAGAUCGUUUCCUCCAUCACUGCAUCCCUGCGUUUCGAUGGAGCCCUGAAUGUAGAUCUGACCGAGUUCCAAACCAACUUGGUCCCCUAUCCACGUAUCCACUUCCCACUGGCCACCUACGCCCCAGUGAUCUCUGCAGAGAAAGCCUACCAUGAGCAGCU